GCUUCAUCUGGAGCGCAGGCGGCCGUCUGCUUCCAUCGUUGAACAAAACUUGAACACCUCGAAGCCUUCCCGACAUUCACUUUCUUGCACUGCACGGCGUUUUGUUGCUACGGAGUACACUUCUUUUCGUCUUUAGCAAGCCUGCGUCUGCUCUUCUGUUUGUUCGCUCAUUCAGUUCUUUCCACGUCUCGCCUCGACUGCAGUGUUUCCAAGUUCACCCUUCAUUCAUUGCAAUUGUUUCACAGGGCCGACAAGACCAUUUCACACGCUUCCAUCCUUCUAUUCUAUUUUCCAGCAAGUCAACCUUACUUUCUCUUCAGUUUCAUCACAAAGUGAUACCCUGUUCCAACCGAUUUGUCACGAUGAAGGCGUUUAUGAUACUCCCAUUGCUUGCCUUGACAGGCCGAGUCCCCGCCGUUGUUCCGCCCGCUUGUCUCCUCGCUGCCGUGAACACUCAAGACGACCCAAGCGAUCUCGCAGCCAUUUGCGGCAGAGAGGCCACCGACGUUCAGAAGGCAAUUGCUAGCGUAUGCGGUUCCAGCCAGUCUGUUGCACAGUCUGCUUUCAUUGCAACUUGCUCCGCUGCCGGUUCCACUGUCGCUCCCUACGGUUCUACCCCGACGUCCUCCUUGACCACGGCUACUUCCUCUUUCACCGGCGGCUUGAUCACUGGCUCUGUCUCCGUGGCCAGCACCGCUGCUUCUUCUACCGCUACCAUUUCGGUCACUAGCACUUCAGCAACAGGGAACGCCGCCGUAGCCGCAGACGCAAAGCAUGCGGGCAGCUUUGGCGCUGCUGCUAUUGCACUCGCAGGAGUCGUCGCUGUCUUGUGAAUGUAACUCAGCAAUUCAAGCAAAAAGGUGCCGGUCAAGGCUAAUCCGAAUUAUGACUUUGUGGCCGACUGAAGGAGCAAAACAAUAGCGUCUAGGUAUUAUGAGUGGGCAUAUCCUACGCCGGCCAGCUGAGCUGCAUGAAAGGUCACAUGGGGCCAUGGAUGGCAUAAUAUGAUUUCCCCAGACACACUUCUAUCCAGCCAACGGAUUGGUUCUCAACCGGGGCUUGCGGGACAUGGCCUGAUAUUUUCGUUGCCUGGAGAAACUCUUAAUUUUGCUCUUCCUUCUAGAAUCGAGCUGGGCCACCCAAAGUGUAUGUACAAGCAUAAGAUAAAUAGAGCAGUGCCAAUCGGGCUCUAUUUCAUGAAGCAUGGCACAUCUAGCAUUUUGCCCAACCCCCAUCGGCAGAUCGUGAGAGAAAAAGGCCACUGUUAGCCCUAGGCGCAUGUAUAGACUUGCCCUACUUUCCGUGCGAAGAACGCUGUGUUGAAAGUGUCUUAGUUUUGGUAACGCCACGAGUCCAUGAACUUGACCACCACCACCGUCUAGCAAUGGAAAUGACCCUUUUAUCUAACAAUCAUGUCUUCUCUUCGAGGGCCAGUGCCGAUCCAC